UAACUCAAAGGUCAAAACAAAUUCUAUAAAUUGGUCGACAGAUGACAGAAAACAUCAGUGCAGACCACAGUCACAGUUUUUGUGAUACAGCAGCAAGGAAAGUGAAGAAGAAAGAACUAAUAACAAGUCUACGUUACACUUAAAAAGAGUCAUGAGGAUCCAGCUGGCUUGUUUGCUGCUGCUCUUUGCCAGUGUGCACUGUCAGGAUGCAAGUGUCUCUCCGCGUUACCGCAAAUUUAUAGAUCAGCAUAUAAACGGGCAGAUGAGUGCUACCAGGUGUGAUGUGGAAAUACGAAGUAGAGGAAUCAGCAAGACCAACAGCAAUGAGUGUAAGGAGACCAACACCUUCAUCCGAGCCACCACCAAAAUAAUUAAAUCUAUCUGUGGGCAGGCAGGAGAGCCGUAUGGUGAAAUGACUAAAAGCCUUCAACCCUUUGACAUUGUUGUCUGUAAACUGAAAAACCAGGAUGCCAGACAGCCCCGCUGCCAGUACCGUGGUCAGACUUUCACCAGGAGAAUUGCAAUCAAAUGUGAUCAAGGCCUUCCGGUGCACUUUGACAGAGACAUUGUAUAUUUUGACCAUUAAUUAAACAGCGACUGUGUGCUUCAGUAUCCUGUUCAAUAAAAUGCAUUACACUUG